CUUCCUUUCCAUUCUGGACUUCCCAGCUCACCACUUGACCCUCACAUCCACAACCCCCAAAUAUCCGAAAUCUUCGCUUUGCUGAAAUCUCUACGGGCAUCUACAUUCCACAAGCUUACGAAACGCCUUCCAUCAGUAACUGCGUGUCCGCGUCAUCCUUUUGUCCCAACAACACCCAGGCCAAUUUACACAACGAUGGCGACCGAGACAUCACCCCAAGCACAUGACCGAACAGACCGAACAGACCGACCAGGACGGCGUCGACCUUUCUCGACAUGGAUGAAGAAGCUCACCAGCUUCAAGGGUAGCUCAUCUGGAACCUCAGAGGCCAGUCCAUCUGCGAGCACGAAACGAAAUACCUACCAGAUGAAAUCUAAGAAGCAAAUACUCUCGAAGAAUCAUCCAUACCCUCAGUCAGGCCAUUUGAAUGGCAACGGCGAUGCGCCUAACGGGCAUCGUUCAUUCUCCACGGUGCCGACAGGCAAUUCAGUCAGCACAUCAUCGAUCGAUCGCAGACGCUCAUUACGUUCCUCCUUGGAUGGGCUUCCUCCACCGACUAUUGGCAACAAGUCAAUGGCACCUACGAUGUCUACAGAGCCGGAGUGUGCCCAUUCAGAUGCUGCACCUUCUCACGCGCCAUCAUCCGGGCAGGGAACAAAUGCUACAAUUGGCGGUGGAAUGAGUUCAGGUAGAGGAGCAGACAGCACCUUCUCUUCACCUGCUCCGUCUGUACGAUCGCUGACGACAACACUCACUACGAUUCAUUCUGCAGCGCCGAAUGGGGCAAUCAACUCACACAGCCACAACCAUGGAAAUACUACUCAGACUGUUCAGUUCUCUCAUCAAUUCCCCACGUCUCCUCCUGCCACUGCCAUUCCAGCGCAUUUGGCACCUCAAGCCAGUGGUGGCCAUCCGUCGACCUACAGCACUGCGACGGCUAACAACCUUCUCACCGACAACGCUUCGAUCCUCACACUUGCAUCAUCGUCUAAGAGACGAAGAAGACGAUCAAUGGAUACUGAUGCUUCGGUUCGCGCACUUGCCCCUUCUUCCUUGUUUGGUGGAAGCCGCGAGAGUCUUCCCUUGAGUGUUUUGAGUGCCAAUAUCGACGCGGCAAGCGGUAUUACGUCGACGCCACACCAGCCGAGACCAAGUGUCAGUGGACUAAAUGAGAGGGCCAGCAUAUAUUCAGCAACUGGUGUAGCACCAGCCCUGCCCAGCGAACGCAACAGUUACUACGCAGGAAAGCAGUCGACCGCUGCAGAUGGAGGCAGUGUCAAAAGCGGUCUGCUUGGGCAUGGAAGAAACGACAGUAUCAGUGGGAGUAUUGGAGGUAUGGCGACUACAGGAAGUCCACUGGCAAGUCCACGAGAAGUUACAGGAGCCUCAAAUGGAAAGUUAAGCAGAAGCAACUCUGCAUGGGGCGAAGGUGGAGAGGGCGAGAAAGUAGACGGAAGUGACGACGAAGCUACCGAGACUGAACAGUCCACCCAAAAUGAAAAGCAUAGACAGGAAAAUUAGAGGGCGAAUGGUUUUAUUUUACUUCACGGGGAUACGAUUGGUGUUGGGUUUGGGGAUUGGCAUCGGCAAUGGCAAUUGCAUGGAGCCGGACCGGCUGGAGUCGUAGGAUUGAUGGUCAAGGCUUGUUGAAGAUACCCCGAUACUUUAAUAAUGCAUUGCAUUUCACGAGCUGUGCGGAAGCAUCACGAGAGUCGGGUUUUCACGGUGUUUCUGAAAUGUGAUUCAGGAUCGUGCUUGUAUUAGGUAGAGUCAAUGCAGUUGACGAGGCCCGUUCGCCUGUUCAAAGGUAAAUAACGUGGCGUUCUGACAGCUACAGUACGUUGUGGAGUGACCCUUAAGGGUAGAUUCUAUUCUGGGUGCAAUAAUUUUCUGGACCGUGGACGAAGUCGCAUCGAAAUAAGGUGAGCUUACAGAAACAGGCAUUAUAUCCAGUCGAGCCAGUCCUACCGAACACGAGGCUCGGCAUGUCGCUGUAUACCUCCUGUUUAGGCUUUCGGCUACCAAUGUCCGAUCCCUGAUUCAUGACGCAAAGGAUAUUUAAAACCCAAUGGUACCGUGCCUCUAUCUUACUUUUGCGAAUGGAAGUCUGGAUAUAUUACAGGAACUUAUAAGGCUUGCUGGGUUUGCGUGGGUUUCCUCUCUAUUGGUAAGGUGGGUGAGUGUCAAUUUCAGCAGCCCCAGCGUUGAGAUGACGAUGGUGACAGAGGGGCCGACAAUGCGAUAUCUUUGAUCAACGACCUGGGAGAGGAUCGUCUGCUGAUGGGAGGUCAGCUUAUGGCACUGCUGCCAACUCAGAGGUCGAUCAGCAUUCUGUUCGAAGGAGCGGCUAGCUGCCGUUGGGCUGACUGACAGAAUCGAAUUCUCGAUCAACCUGUUUUCCAUCCCAUCUCACGAUCAAAUCCAAUGCAAGGUCAGCGCGACGGGAUUCGAUAGCGGCGGUCUCCCCCUCCAUAGCAAAGUUUCUCUCGUGUUCGAUUUUUCAAAACAAUUCUAGGUUUCUCUGUGAUAGACACUUCGGCAAACAUGCGAACACAUCGGCGAAAUUCCGAGUUCCGAUGCCCUGUGUUUUGAUUGGCAGGAGGCCUUAAUGGACUCCCGAACGUCAAGAUGUUGCUCCAUACCAACGUAUUCGUCUAUUUUACAUUUGUACUGGCUUGGCUCGGACUUGUAGCAGCACAUACAGCAUGUCAUGACGAGACCUUUAUCCCUGACGCCAUUCUUCGCGUCACAGAAGCACCACUUGCGCAGUCAUGUUAUCCGUCAAAACCUACUGUCUUGGUCAAUGGGACUUCGCCUGGACCGGCACUGAAGAUCAGAGAAGGAGACACUUACUGGAUACGGGUUUACAAUGACAUGGAGCACCUUAAUCUGACAAUG